AUGCGUUCUCUACGCUGUAGCGCCACAUUCAAUUGUCCUCCAUCUCUAGAUGCGGCGAUGGCUCUCACUGCUGUCUCAGGCACGGCGACUCUUGUAUUUCUAACGGUCUUUCUGCUUAACGUAGACGCAGACUGUGACGUGCCUCUCAAGUGGUGGCUCCUCGGUUGUACCUUCUUCAGCUUUCCGGCGACCUACAUGACUGGCUUGAUUAAGAAAUACUAUGGCUUCGAACCUACGAUAUGGGCUGAAAUACUUAUUCUCGUCCUCGGAUUUAUCUGGAUGGGGAUUGGCACAAUUGAGAUAAACAUGUCAGCGACAUGCGAAUCGACCGCUCCUUCAAUGUGGUGGACCGUUUUCGUUUCACCGUGGGAGCCAUCUUCUUUCUCUUUGCCGUAG